UUGUGCAGUGUGUCAUCUUGAAUGAAAAAUGAAAAUGGCGCUUGUGUUGUGUUAAAAUUGUUAGAUAAACAUUCUAAAACUGUGUGUUUAUUGUACUUAAGAAUUUUAUUAGUGAUAGUGGUGAUAAAUUAUUAACUAAAAAGUUAAUAAAACGUGGACUGAUGCGUGUAUUUACCCAUGUCUGCCGUGGCUCCCACAAUUCCCGGGGUUGACCCAGCAAAGGAAAUACAAAAACGUCGAGCUGGUAGUGUUGGUCUGAUUAUCAGGUCCGAUGACGACGACGCAAGUGGUGGGAAAUACACAAGGAUGGAGGAGGACAAUAUUCAAGAUAAGGAGAGAUUUGCAAGCCGUGAGAACCAUUGUGAGAUUGAACGGCGAAGAAGAAACAAGAUGACGGCUUAUAUCACGGAACUAUCUGAUAUGGUUCCAACAUGUUCGGCUCUAGCACGGAAACCAGACAAGUUGACAAUACUGCGUAUGGCGGUAGCGCAUAUGAAAGCAUUGAGAGGUACUGGUAAUACCUCAACAGAUGGUACUUAUAAGCCAUCGUUUUUGACUGAUCAAGAGCUGAAACACUUAAUCCUAGAAGCAGCAGAUGGCUUUCUCUUCGUCGUCAGUUGCGACACAGGUCGUGUCAUAUAUGUUAGCGAUAGUAUAGCACCUGUACUAAAUUAUUCACAGGGUGAAUGGUAUUCAUCAUGUUUGUACGACCAAGUUCAUCCAGAUGACGUUGAAAAAGUUCGGGAACAAUUGAGUACUCAAGAACCACAAAACACUGGCCGUAUAUUGGAUCUUAAAACUGGAACUGUCAAAAAGGAGGGUCACCAGUCAUCAAUGCGGCAAGUGAUGGGUUCGCGACGCGGAUUCAUCUGCCGUAUGCGCGUGGGUGGUACAGCUGAAAGCGCGCACUUGGGUCGAUUGCGCGCGCGCAACUCCCUCGGCCCCUCACACGACGGACACAACUACGCAGUGGUACAUUGCACCGGUUAUAUUAAAAAUUGGCCGCCCACAGAUCUGUUUCCAGGUAUGCAGAUGGAUCGGCCAGUUGACGAUGAGCUUCACGCCUCUCAUUGCUGUUUGGUGGCAAUUGGGAGAUUACAGGUGACAUCAACACCAAAUGCAGCUGAAGGCAGCCUCUGCAGUGGCGGAGUAGAGUUUGUGUCGCGUCAUUCAGUUGAGGGCCGAUUUACAUUUGCGGACCAACGUGCGGCCCAAGUAAUAGGCUAUGCACCGGCUGACCUUUUGGGAAAACUAUGCUAUGAGUUCUACCACCCAGAAGACCAGCAACACAUGAGGGAUAACUUUGACCAAGUUUUGAAAUUAAAGGGCCAAAUAAUCUCUCUUAUGUACCGAUUUCGGACUAAAAGCAGAGAAUGGGUGUGGUUAAGAACAUCUGCUUUCGCUUUUUUGAAUCCUUACAACGAUGACGUUGAAUACAUCGUGUGUACAAACACAUUGGCAAAUCGUUCCCUGGGCAGUGCGGGUGGCGAAAGCGUGUCAGAAGAGAGCUACGACUACCACUUGCGACAGCGAGACGUGUAUCAGGCCCCGCCUCUACACCACGGUCAUCACGCGCCCCCACCUGCGCCUGCGCCUGCCCCGCUACACAGUGCUACAUCGGCUGGCACGGCAGGCGGCGUAACUGCGAGGUCUCCAGGUGAGGCCGUGGCCGGAGCGUACGCCCACUACGCGCCCGACUAUUCACCACAUCGACCCACUAACACGCCACCUCACACCACAUGGACCACGUUGAGACCGAGCGGAAGCGGAAGCGGAGCGGGGCAGAACGAGAGUUACGCGUAUGCGGGGCCCGAAGCAGCAACGGGGCCAGGAGGCAGCCCUGCCCGCUCUCCUCCGGCGGCUCCCCCUUACCUACCCCCUGCGCAUUAUCACCACAAUCAUCAUCCGCAUCCCACGCACGCGGGUAUGUGGGCAUGGCAGGGUGGGGCGGGUGCAGCGGCGGGCGUGGCUGGUGGGGGGACGGGUGCAGAAGGCACCCACGCUCCACACGAGCUGUCAGAAAUGUUGCAAAUUCUCGAUCAAAGCGGCACGGCAACCUUCGAAGACCUCAACAUCAACAUGUUCAACUCCAACUUCGAAUAAUACUGUAUACAUGUAUAGAUAAGUUAAGUAACUUUAAUAAGUAAGAAAUGUCAAAACUAUUGAGCACAUUCUGUGCUUGUUCAAGUUCUCGGUUCAUCCACGUGUUUAACUAUUGCUAAUGGUCAAUAAAUGGAGUACACGAAAUCCCUCUUGUUAUUAGAUGUGUUGAAUAAUUCAGUUUGUAUUUUUUGUACACUGUGACUUUGUGAACACAGAUACACUGAACAUAAGAACACAAAAAUUAAGUUGUUGUCCUUUAAUGGCUGCUUUUUAUUAAAUAUGUUUAAUUAUUGUCAUUUUAUGAUUUGUUAUGAUCUGCAAAAUGUUUCAAAUAGUAUUAUUGAUUUUAGGAAUGUAUGAAUGAGAAUAUUGUUCUAAGUACAUUGUGUAUAUAAAAUAAGUCCAACUAAAUACUUUGUAUACAUAUAUUGCGAGCGUAUCAGAUUAAUCCUAAAUAUUGUUUUUCUUAAUAUUGAAAAGUUUUCUUUACAUAUCGUUCAUGACAACAGUUAUAAAUUCUUAAGGGUAACACAGUAUGGCUCGUAGUAUCAAGUGUAUAUAAACUAUUUUUCUAGUAUUUUCAUUCACCAUAUUAGUGUAAUUAAAGGUAUAAUAAUUUAAAAUCUAUAGAUAAAGUGAUUUUUACCAUGUGCAUUCCAAUUUUUAAUCAAAGUAAUGACCAAUUUAUAUUAAAUUUCUAAAUUUGAUUUGUUUGGUAGUUUUUGCCUUAUUUUUAUUUUAUUAGCCAAAAUAUCCAACUCUGUUUCUAAUUUUUUAUAUUUUGGUUCACUCUUUAAUGAUGAUUUUAAUAUAUUUGGUUAACAUUCGAGAGAUAUCAAGUAAUGUUUCAUGUUUGUCAUUUAUGUUGGAAUUUGAAUGGAAAAAAAAGAUUUGACAUAGUUAUACCGAUUAUGGACUACAUAGAGUAUACAAUUAAAAGAACUCAUGACAAACAUAACAUUGUGUUAAUUUAAGUUUUACUAGGCUGUUCAACUUAUAGCCUGGGUAAUUCUUCUGUAUUAGUUUAAUGCAUCAUUAAUAAAGUUAAUGAUUUAGGAGUACAUGGCCAUUCAACCAAGCUCGACACAAUUUUUUUUUUGGCCCUACAUAGUUAUGGUAGAUAUUAAAAAUAUAUAAUUAUUACUAGAAUGGUUUUUAAUUACUAAGAUUAUUUUUUUAAGGAAAUUUAAAAUAGUAUUGCAUUUAUGAAAUGUCUUAUUUGCAUAUUUAUAUUAUUUUAAUUGAUGAAAUAUACUUUUUAUUGAUA